AUGACGACUUCUUCUCCCCCGCCUAACAACUCCCCGAAUAAGGGAGAGCCUGCUAAACAUCGAGAUUUUGAGUCUGAGAGAGGUUUCUCUUGCAAUUUCUGUAAAAGAGAGUUCUUGACUUCCCCAGCUCUCGGGGGCCACCAGAACGCGCAUAAACGAGAGCGUGCCUUGGCGAAAAGGCGGCAAGGGUUGUUGGACACGGUGGCGCACUACCACCCUUACUACCACCCCUACUCGGCGUUUUCGUCGCAUUUGCCGUUUUAUAACUCUUUUGGCAAUCGAUCGCUCGGCGUAAUGCCCAAUUACUCGUCUGCUAUUCAUCGGCUGCCGUCUUCCUAUCAUCAUCCCUCGUUUUUGGCGGAGAAUUCUAACUACUCUCGCUUCGGCGGCGAGAAGUGGUCGCCGAGAUCACUGCUAACACGGCCGGAGAGUAUUCAAGGAAAUAAUGGCGGCAACGCUUUUGGGACGACAGGUUUCGUCGCAAAUUCGUUUAAAUUGGAGAUCAAUAAGGGUCAGCUUGGUUCUGCUAUUAAAGUUGACGAUAAUCAUACUUCUGCAGAUGAUGAUUCAAAAAAUGGAGGUAAAAGUAAUCCUUUAUUGGGAGAUGAGGAUAAGGGACAAGAUCAAGAAGAUGCUUCAGGGAUUGAUUUGAGUUUAAAGCUUUAA